AUGCUUUCGUUUCUCUCCUCUUCUUUGAUUUCCUUUUAUUCUGUUUGCAAUCAGCAAGAUUUUUUAUCGUAUUUUGCACAGUGCCUCAUUUCUGUUCAGUUUUCUUUUCUUUAUAUUCUUUUUAUUUUAAUUUUUCAAUUAAUUCCUCUUCAAAUUUUUCCUCUCUUCACUUGUCUUUUUUAUUCAUUUUUUUUCAUCUUUAUCUUCUUCAACUUUUUUCAUCUCCAUUAUAUUUUUUUGUCCUUUUCUUUUCACUUAUUUUUCUCUUUUCCUUUCUUUCUUGUUUUCUUUUGUGCUUGUCAUCUUUUACUUUUUUUUUUUUACAUAUCUUUUUCAUUAUUUUUUUCUCUACUGUUUCUUUCUCCCUUCAGUUUUUCUGGUCUUUUCUUUUCUCUGUUUUUCUUUGCUUUUUUCAUUGUCUUCAAAAUUUUCUCUUUUGUUUUCUUCUACAAUUUAUUCCCCUAUUUAUUGUUCUCCAUAUUGCCUUCUCUUAUUCUUUACCCUCCUCUUCUAAACUCAUUCAAUAUUUUUAACCUUUUUCUCUUCACCAACCUCUGCUACAGUUUUUUUUUUCUUUUACUCUUACAUUUUCUUUCACAUUCCUCUCUAUUUUUUAUUCAUAUUUGUUCCUCUCCUCCAACCACUUAA